AUGGGAAAUCAACUUACUCCCCCCCUCCGUGAGGAAUAAAAAAAAUUUUGUUCACUCACGGAGGGGGGUUAAUUUUUUUUUUUAAAAACAAUUUAUAUAUAAAUUUUAUAGAAAAUAUUUUUUUUCGAGAUUUAAAAUAUCCUAAUUCUCAAAAAAAAAUUGGAAAGCAAAUAUUAAUUUAAUUUGUAAAAUUUAUGUUUAAAAGCAAUUUGUUUAAAAUUAAACAGAAUUACCACUAGAUUUCAUUAUACUAAUUUAUCACUUAUAUAUCAAAAUUUUUUUCCAUAAAAUUUUUUUCUAUUAAAAAAAUUUUUGUUUACUAUGAAGGAGGGUUUUUUUGGCAAAAACAUAGGGAUUUUUCUAAUGGUUUUGUUCACCUCAUGGAGGGGGGGAGUUAGAUUGCUUGAUUUUAAACUAAGUUCAACUAAAGAGGCCUUAAAUCAUGAAUUAAAGAGCAAUCUUGCUGGGCCCAAUCAAAAUUCUAAGAAUUGAUUAUUAAGCUAUGAACAGCUUUGAGCCAAGAGAUCUGCGCUUUUAAGCAGGCCUAAUGAUCAUAAUACAGAAGAUGAUUUUCGAAGAACUUGCUUAUCUUACAAAAAAAUUCUAUUUCAAGUCCACAAUUAA